GACUCUACAGUGUCACUAUCGAAUCAGCCAAAAUCAAAGAAGACGACCAGAAAAUAAAGAGUGACCUCGCAAGCUUCCCUUCCGUUCCGUCGUCUCCUUCACUAGUCACCAUCACAUACAUCGCUCUUUGAAUGCCCCGAUAAAUAAAUAUAUCACCUCACACACUGUUUCUCUAUUUCAAGCAAUAAUUGCGAGCUCUUUCUUCUUCCUCGCUGAACCAUUUGUGCACAGCCUCUCUCUCACUCCACACAUUCUUAUCUCUUUCCUUCUGAAUGACGGUAUCGGAGAUCUGAAGCUAAUUCGACUGCGUCUGUUUGGUUAUUUUCAACCAGGUGAUGGUUGUGCUCGCCGAAUAGACAUUCCCGGGGUAUAUUAGAGGAGACUGCGAGCUCUGCUAGGGUUUUAUCUGAUGCGAGUUUGGAUCAGGAAUGGAUGCUAGAAUGAAGAAGUACCGGCAAGUGAGUCCAGAGAGGGCGAGAGUGAGGACAGCGAGGUCGCCAAAGUAUCACCAGCAGAACCAGAAGGUGGCUGUGGUUUACUACCUCUGUAGGAAUCGCCAGCUCGAGCACCCGCACUUCAUUGAGGUGCCGUUGUCAUCGCCAGACGGUCUUUACUUGAGAGAUGUGAUUGAGAGGCUCAAUGUUUUAAGAGGCAGAGGGAUGGCCUCCAUGUACUCUUGGUCUUCUAAGAGAAGCUACAAGAAUGGAUUUGUUUGGCGUGAUCUUAGUGAAGAUGACAUUAUUCUUCCUGCUCAUGGAAAUGAGUAUGUUCUCAAAGGCUCUGAGCUCUUUGAGGAAUCCAGUUCAGAUUGUUUCAGUACUGGAAAUAUAAAGUUUCAAAAUCUGAAACAAUCACCAGAACCAGUAUCUUCUAGAAGUCAAGAUGAUUCCUCAUCAUCUUCGAGCCUAAAUGGGAAGGAGACUAAGCAUUCUCAGGAUGAUGAACUUUCCCCUCCCGCUCAGCGUCCUGGUUCCUCUGGCGCGUCGCCAGAAUCCAGCUUUGGGAAGAAUUUGCCAUGGAAUGGUUCUCUGAGCUUGACAGAAUACAAGAUCUACAAAAGUGAGGGGUCAGCUGAUGCUUCAACACAGACUGAGGAAAAUGUAGGUAGAACUAACACCCGAGAAACUUGCACGAGAGGUGUUUCAACUGAUGACGGUUCACUUGAAUCAGAAUGCAAUGAGAAUUAUCAAAAUCAGGUUACACAUGGGAAAGAGAAUUCUGAAAUCACUGGGGAUUCAGUCUCCCCUCCUACCUCUUCCUCAAGUGCUUCUUCGUCGUGUGGGAAGAGUGAAACUUUAGAAUCUUUGAUCAGAGCUGAUGCUAGUAAAAUCAACAGUUUUAGGAUUCUUGAAGAAGAAGAUAUCAGGAUGCCUACCAAUACAAGACUAAAGGCUACAAAUAUGUUGAUGCAAUUGAUCUCAUGUGGGUCAAUAUCAGUGAAAGACCACAGGUUUGGCAUCAUUCCAACCUACAGGGCGAAGUUUUCCCAUUCAAAAAUUUCCUCCCCACUAUUCCCUACUUUAAUGUUGGGUGAGCUUGAUUGCCUGUCGAAGAAUCCAAGAUUGAUGGGGUUGAGGUUGGAUGAUAAAGAAUACUUCAGUGGGAGCCUGGUUGAGACAAAAUUGCUCAAGGAGGAAGGAGGUGGAGCUUCUACUCUGAAGCGUUCUUCUUCCUACAAUGCUGACAGGACUUGUAAGCAAGUAGGUCCAGUUGAUGGGAUUGAGGACUCAACAACCCCAGGGAGUUCAAAGUGCAUUCCUCUAUCUAUCAAGGCUUCAAUAACCAAACAACCGAGGAGUGAAUCGAUGAGGUCUCCUAUUUCUGAGAAACAUAGAAACUCAUAUGAUGUGGUUGAUGGAUCACAAGCUAUAUCCACUAGCACUUGUCAUGGUGGCGGUAAAAGAAUGAUGGAGCCUGAUAAAUCAAAGAGGCAAGAUUCAUCGAGAAUAGAGAGAGAGAAGGUGAUCAAAAUUGAAGAAAGGCUUGCUUCAGGAGCUCGGGUUAUAAUUCAAUCCAAAGCACGUUAGGUCUGCCAUCUGCAGCUCUUAGAUCACAUUUUCGAUGCUAAGCAAUAGGUAAACCUAUCAGUUCCUUUUGGAAAAUCUUGGACAAGCAAAACUAGUGGGCUUGGGGAAUUGGUUUGAAUUUAAAAUGAUAGUAAAAUUGUUGGCGGGACAAUGGCUUCGGUUUGUAAAUCUGUUUUUUUUUUUUUUGUCUGGGUUUGUAAAUCAAUUUAGUGUAAAGAAAUGAGGAAGUGGUGGGACAAGUGCAGGUGUGCUCUUAGUGGACUGCGGCCUGGGUUUUGCAGCUGUCGUGGGUCAGCUUUAUGGAAUGGGGAUUAACCUUUUCACUUUACUUGCGAUUUUGGCUUUUGGGUAGGUCCGGUGCACUUAGCAGUCAGCACAUAAGACUAAGAGGGAAGGUUAAUUUAAGAUUUAACCUAGCUGCCUUGGAAAGACCAAGUUUUACUUGCUCAUAUUUUCUUUUUUCGUUUUUUUUUGUUUUUCUGGAAUUGACUUGCUUAUAUACAGCAUUCUCAUAGGAUACCUUUCAUGCCUAAGCUGUGUGCGUCUACGUCUCGUUCAAGGUAAAGCAGGAGGCAUAGCUUUUAUUGUUGACCCUUGUAAAGGUAAAAGGUGUUGAGAAAGGAGCCUCUAAAAUGAAUAGUUUUGUCGUUCUCGCUAAAUCUUUACUCGAAAUGUCACUCAAUACAAAAGGAAGGUUGAGUUGCUUA